GUGAGGAAAAGCCACCAGAGUUCCACCACUUUUCUGAGCUGCUCCCAGUUUAAAAAGAGCCCACUCCUCCUCCGCAUUUCCGCCCUUUUUCCUCUCUCCAAUCCCUCUUUUCUGAAUCAUCCUCAUUCUUCAUCCCCAGAAGUCUCAAUCACAACCGCCAUCAUGCCUUUCACUGCCUCUGAUAUCUGCAAGAUCAUCUUCGCCAUCAUCCUGCCUCCUCUGGGUGUCUUCCUGGAGCGCGGAUGUGGUUCUGACCUCCUGAUCAACAUCUGUCUGACCAUCCUGGGUUGGAUUCCCGGUAUUAUCCACGCCAUCUACAUUAUCUUCAAAUACUAGAAUCGCCCCAACUCAACCCGCUGACCGCCGCUCCUCCGCCCCCUUCGGUCAAUAUUGCUCGGAAAGACCACCCCACGAUGCGAUAUGUAUUCCAUGCCUCGAUUCUUUCAUGAAAGCCUGUCGAGGAGUCGUGGCUGCACCGAAGGUGUCCAGAGCAUCCUAGUCAGCGUGGUUCCGCGGGCGGUCCGACCAACCAGCCUCCUGCAGCUCCCCUCCUGUUCUUGGCAUCGCUGCAAAUCUCCAUAAUUCCCUAAUUUCGGCACUGUGCUAUGCAUUGCCGAUGAUUCCCUAAUUCCUUUGUCUAUGAUCUUUUGCCGGGUUGCGUUUUUAUCUUGGUUCUGUCAUCUCUUCUUGCUUUUUCAAGUGAUACCACCUCAUAUUGUAUGACCUGUGCGGGCUUGCGCUUUCUUCGCCCGGGGGUCGGUUAGCUUUUUACGAAUGAUGGAAUGGCAAUUAUUUGAAAACCUUCAACUGCAGUCUUGCAUGUAUUCUUUGUGUAGAUAUGGCUUUUAGUCUGUGAUCAUCAAAUUAUCCACUUCACCCCCUUUAAUGAUGCUUCGGGACGAGCUGAGUGGGGCCGAUGUGAG